ACACAUACGCGUACACACAUACACACACAAAUGUACUAAGUAAGUUCAUACUGCGUAUUGCCUUUCUGACUUCGGUGUGAAAAUAUAUAAAUAAAAAAAAAAAAAUGUCAGUCGCGCCGGGACCCGGGGAUUUUCGAGCGACCGAAAUAUAAUAUAAUAAGUAUUUAAUCGUGUCCCUAUGGGGCGCGUUAUUGGUCGCGUUUUCCGUUUCCCUGGCUUCUCCGUUUUAGCUUUCCGUUUUCUUUCACGGGAAAAUCGGACAGGGAGAAGGAACGAACGGGGGAAGAAACGUUCUUCUUUCUUUUUUUUUUUCUCUCGCCCACUUCACCUCGGUCUUCCCACCUUUCGAUCUCUUUCUCGAGCGUUGGUCGUCGAUCAAGCCGAGGCUAUCCAAUCCGAGAACUAUCGAGCGAAACGGAAGCCGCGACAGGGCGCGCUCGAAAGAACAAAAGAAAUCUUUUUUCACGGAUCCGCUGAAAGAUGUCCCAGGACGCCCAAGUCCCCGUGUCUCCGCCGGCUGUGUCUGUUUCAUGUUUUUCAAUAUUUGUAAUUUAUCGAUAAAAUUAUAAAAGGUAUCGAUAACAGUCUAAAGUGUGCGCUAUACUCUACAUAAUAUUAUUAUAUAUAAAGUAUAAAAGUAUACAUUAUAUAUAUAUAUUAUAUAUAUAUACAUAUAUAUUAUAUAUGAGAAGUAUAAUAUAUAUAUAUUAUACACACAUUGGGAUUGGUGAGAAUAUACGGUUUUUUCGCUUUGGAGUGUUAUUUUCUGAAAAUAUUGAACAAAAUAUGGAAAAAAAAAUUAAAAAAUAAAAUCAAUGAAUAAAAAACGAACGAACCGUUCUACUCUGACUAUUCUUUUAUUACAAUCUAUCCCGAUAUCUUGCCGACAACCGCCUUCUAGAUUCCAUUCGAUCUCAACGAGCAUCGAUCGCCCUGUGUCAUCGAAGGUGUUCCGUGUCAUCGUUUAAGAAGAUUCGUCGGUAAACGAGAAUAGAAAUGUCGAACUUAAGAGCGAAUCUAACGAAGGAAAAUGGAGGUGCCCGAUCAAUUAAGGUCUCUAAUCGGAACAUUAAUUUAUAUCUAUACGUCAGAUUUCGUUCACUGGUUAACGGAAACUUGAUUUCAACGACGAAUUCGCGAAAUUCAAAUUGCUUGUUAAUUACAGCGAACCGAAACGGAGUCGAUCGACGAAUUCAAUGUUUGCGAUUAUUGGGAGAUCUUCUUGGGAUUGACGAUUAUGCCACCAACAUGGCGUCCUUUUGGUUCUUGGAUACAUUGGUGCUUUACACGAUACGAUACAGAGAGAAUCUCGAUGAGUAUUACAUGAGUGUUUUGAUCAGUUGGUUGGCUGGGGAAAUUAGAUUACUCCGAGAUAGGAAACAUACUCGGGAAGGAUUUUUUAGAGAGUUGAAAAACAUUUUCAUCGCAGCAGCUAACAAAAUACGUGAACAGAAACAAAUGCCAUAUUGGGACGAAAUCGUGGACGAACGCGAAGCAGGUGAAGAAACAGAAGAAAGACUGUCAACAGGAAAUCAAUCGAUAAGAAGUUUACGAGAACCUUCUUCUGAAGCUGACAUCAAACUUUCGGGUACUAUCGAUCCAGUUUCCGUAUUAGAUAUCGUGAUUGAAGCCACUUACGAUAUGUACGCGAACGAGCUACGAUACGCCCUCGUUUACGCGGUUUUCGUGGAACCAAUUGAGAUAGAGACUUACAAUUUACCAUUUACUUUCCGAACACCACGCCCAGUGAAACCGGCAGAUCCUAAGAUGAUCCCUUUUAAUAUGCAAUUGCAAAGAAGUUUGAAAAGAAUCGAGACAAUGGAGAAAUCUAAAAAGGACAAUAAAGCAGGCAAAAAACUUAAAACAAAUUACGAAAUACCCCCAACACCUCCGCCUUCUUUGGACGAUGAAGUAACGUUGAUGACCAAUCGGUUAUUUAUUCUACCAUUAAUAGAAGCGAACGAAUCAUCGGAAAUAUUCGAGACGACUGAUGCAUAACAUUAAAUAACCGAACACGCAAA